AUGACAUUAGCAAUGCCUUUUAUUCAAGCUGCAGCCAUUACCAUGAACAAUCUACGUGACAUCCGAGCGCAAGUGAACCACAGUUCUGAUGACGGGAGAAAGGAGCUCCAUGAGCUCCUGCUUAGGUAUGCGAACAUCUUCCUAUGGCAAGGUGAGAAAUUGGGACGAAAAAAUAUCAUCAAAAAUAUGAUUGACACAGGCGAAGCUAGAUCUAUCUGGCCACCACGCAGACUUUUUCCACUACCUCUGCUAGAAGAAGCAAACCGUUGGGUUGAAGCCGUGAAAUCACAAGACACUGAAACAGUUGCUACAAAGGGUCCACCACCGGUUGGAUACGAAUAUGAGUUUUUCACUGUUUGCAAUCGCCUCUGUUUUCCUUACCCCUAUUCUACUCACCCUCUUAUUUUCAUUAAGCUCUCAUUUUCAUUCUUAUUUACAAUACAUUUUAAGCCAAACCCAAUGCCACAAAGUGGCAUUAAUCCCAAUACCAACAUGACUGCCACAGUGGGCGUAAUCACGGUCAAUUUACCAGUUUUGUGUUCAUGCAUAAAUAUACAGAUUAAAAUACCCAUCUUCAAUAGUUUAUAA